AUGGGUUCCAAUGCACAAGAUCUUGUAGCACUUACCAAUGAGGUCCUAUCGAUUAGUAUUACACAGAAGAAAUCAAUUAUAGACACUAAUACAAUUAGAUCCGCUCUUCAUCGACAAACUUGGGAUUUGCGAUCCCAGGUAAGAUCGGUUCAGGAUCAUGGGAUCCUUUUCUAUCAGAUAGAAAGGGUUGUAGUACAAAAUGUACUUCUAAGUAAUUGCCCCAUAGAUCCUAUAUCUAUCUAUAUGAAGAAGAAAGCAUGUAAUGAAGGGGAUUCUUAUUUGUACAAAUGGUACAUCGAUCUUGGAGCGAGCAUGAAGAGAUUAAUGAUACUUCUUUAUCUUUUGAGUUGUUCUGCCGAAUCGGUCGCUCAAGAUCUUUGGUCUUUAUCCGGACUCGAUGAACAAAAUGGGAUCACUUCUUAUGGACUCGUUGAGAAUGAUUCUGAUCUAGUUCAUAGCCUAUUAGAAGGAGAAUGCGCUCUAGUGGGAUUUUCACGGAUAGAACAAAAUUGCAGUCAGUUUGAUAAUGAUCGAGUGACAUUGCUUCUUCGGCCCGAACUGAGGAAUCCCUUAGAUAUGAUGCAAAAAGGCUCUUGUUCUAUUCUUGAUCAGAGAUUUCUCUAG